AUGAUAUAGUUGUGAGAAAUGAUGAGAAAUUAACUCUAAUACUCGAGAAUGCUCUAUCUAAACGACAAGAAAUUCCAUUCAUGGCUAUUGAGAAUAAAGGAUUCACAGAAAGGAUAAAUGGAAUGUACCAUUAUGUAUUGCAUCUUUAUGGUCGUCUUAUUAAUGGCCAAAAGGUACUGGUAACUCUUAUAAACAUUCAGGUUUUCUUUGACAUUCUCAUACCAGACGGAGAAACUCCAGAUAAAUGCAAAGAAAAGGUGAGCGAAAUUCUCUCUGGUAUUGUGAAAUCAUAUAAAAUAGAACAUAUUAAAGCAUUCCCUUUCUGGGGUUAUCAUACUGAAAAAAAGUCAUAUUUACGAAUUUAUACGAAUGGUACUGGAGAGAGAAAAAAAGCCAUCCAAGCUAUCCAAGAAAAAAUUUCGAAACUGCUUCAGAUGAUUUAUACUUAUUCUACUGAAAGGUAG